CAUUAUUAAGGCAUAUCAUCACCUCCCCAACCAAAGUCCAUUUCAAAAGGUGUGAGACCUUUGUUUCCUCAAAAGAGUUUAGUUGAUACCCAAGAGAUCAAAAGCUAGACUUCUCUCCCAGAGAGAGAGAGAGAUGGGGAGGGCUCCUUGUUGUGACAAAGCAAACGUGAAGAAGGGACCAUGGUCACCAGAAGAAGACUCAAAGCUAAAGGAGUACAUAGAGAAAUAUGGGACUGGUGGGAAUUGGAUUGCUCUCCCACAGAAAGCUGGUCUGAAGAGAUGUGGGAAAAGCUGCAGAUUGAGAUGGCUUAACUAUCUGAGGCCAAACAUCAAACAUGGAGAAUUCUCUGAUGAGGAGGACAGAAUAAUAUGCAGCCUCUAUGCUAGCAUUGGAAGCAGGUGGUCAGUUAUAGCUGCACAGCUGUCAGGCAGGACUGACAAUGAUAUCAAGAACUAUUGGAACACCAAGCUCAAGAAGAAGCUCAUGGGGAUGCAUAUGGCUUCUCCUCCAGCUCGUCACCACCAUAGAAAUUUACCAAAACCUCCCCCAUUUCCUCCAUUUCCUUCUUCUUCUCAUCACAGUUACCAAAACCAAUCAUUGAUUCAAUCUGAACCUCUCUCAUCACUGUACAAAGACCUAAGCAAUUACGACAGAUCUUUCUUAGGGUUUGAAGUGCCACUGCCACUGCCACUGCCACCACAAGUUUCACUGACAUCCAGUAAUUUCUCAAAUACUUCCACCAACUCUGUUUCUCUUUUCCAAACCCUAAAUUACCCAGCUGGAGUGAAGAAAAAUAACAACAAUAACCUCCUCAUGUUUGGAAGUGAAGGAAGUUGCAGUACUUCAUCUGCUGGAAGCUGUAAUAACCAGAUCAGCUAUGACUACUGCAGCAGAUCAGAGAUUAAUAACAUCAAACAAGAAGAAAUGGGUUUUGAUCAUCAGAGCUUCAUGAUGCUUAACUAUGGCAACCAAUGGACUGAGAGGCCAAAUGGGUUUUAUUUUGGAGCAGAAAACAACACAUUAGAGUUUUCUGAUCUGGAUGAAGAUGUUAAGCAGCAGCUGAUUAGUUCUGGUAGUAAAAAUACUAAUAAUCAUGAUACUAUUAUUAACGGUUCCUCUACGUCUAACUGCUUAUUAUUCAAUGUUGAUGAAAGCAAGACAGAAGAUGAUGAGGAGGUCAUGUAUUUCUACUGAAGUUAUUGAAUGCUAGUAGCUUCGGAAUGCUGAAGAGUUAUUGAGUCUACUGACUGACUGUUGUAAGUAAAAUGAUCAGAAGGAUUUGAUGGGGUAUGGUGAGUGGGGGUGGGGGAGAUAUUCAGGAAGAUUGACUCAGUGGACCUCUAAUCUAUAUGUUUCUGAACUCUGAAUCUGAUAUAUGCGAUGAUUUAUUUUUUUUUUACAGUACAUGGUGAAGCCCAUUUUAUUUUGUUAAUUUGUGCAUUUCAUUUUGAGAGUACGUGAAUGCUGAUGAUGAUUAAGAUGAUAUGUUGUUGUACGGUCCUUCACUGCAACGUCUUCAGAAUAAAAAAUGUGUCAUGAAAGCUAGA